CUCUCUUUUCAUCUUUUAAUGAAAAAUUUGUGACUGAAAGCGUAAAACUUUUUUUUUUCUUAUUUCUGUCUUUCACAGGCAUGAUAAUUAACCAGACGCGUAUGGAACAGACUGAAUCCUUGUUUAAAUAUAUUCGUAAAGAAAAAAAGAAAGAUGUAAUUAUAUUAAGCAGUGAUGAAGAAGACAAUAGUGAGUCACUGCCUUCUCCCUUGCCUUCCGCUAUCAUAGAGGGUAGUCAAAGAGAUCCAAUUCCGUUGGACGAUUCAGACGAAGAGAUGACCAUGACACCCAAUUCAAUAUCUUUGGGCGAGUUUGAAUUAUCAGACAUGGAUGAAGAUCCUAUAUUUCAAACUGAUCUUGUCUAUGAUAGCAAACCAGAAUUAAACAUUGUCUAUCAUUCAAAACCAUUCGAGUGCAUGGAUUCCAUCGAACCAACACCUAUACCACCUUUGAAUACACCGCCUACGACUGUAAAGACCUAUAUACCACCCAACAUGGAUAAGUUUGAAUUACUACGCAUCAUGGAAGUUUAUCUUCAGUCAGUGACUGAUUUACCUGGUGAAAAACUCGGAUCCAUGACUACUGUUGAACCUCGCUUUCCAAGACGCACUCGACACUCUGACUAUUAUCAAAAGAUGCAAGACAGUCUACAGUCACAAUCGACUCAGUCCACUCUUAUUUGUCUUGAACCCAACUAUCCUUAUGUGCCUAAUCGAGCAUGGUAUAAUUCAACAUGGGAAGAUUGGGCUCAGUUGGAUGCAGGUGAUAUCUUGCAUUGUCCAUUUACUUCUUCUGAAAUUGAGACACUGACUCAUUUGGUGGAUAAGAAUGUGCGCAAGUCAGGCACAAGAAAUAAAGGCAUGAUUGAUAUAUGGCAAUAUGUAGCUACAUUUUUACCAGGCAGAACUGCUAGAGAAUGUAAAUGGUUCUGGGCUGAUUAUGCGGAACAACAACAUAAUUUAUUGUUUAGCAGUGCUGUUGUGAUAAGACGCCGUAAAGAUCCUGCUCAUCAUUUAUCAAAGCAUCAUUUGUUGGGUCAAAGAGGGCAAACAGGAAUACGCCAUUACAAUGCUUUGAGGAAGUUGCAUUGGUCAAACAUGACAAGGGAGAACACAAUCACUGAUGGUAGUGGAGAUGCAAUCACUCUGGCUAUUUUUAAUGAUCCAUCCAAAGGUGUUAGGAUUGCUGUUGGAUCCUUGUGUGAUGAAAAUGUUCAAUACAAUAUGCCUGGUAAUCUACGCUUAUGGGAUUCAGACUCAAAGACAUGUCUACAACUAAAUGGACAUCAGACAACCAAUGAAUCGAGUGGACAGAGUAUCUGGAGAACAGUGACGGAUGUAAAAAUGUCUAAAGAUGAGACACUUAUCUUUUCUGCUUCUCAUGAUGGAAGUGCUAAUAUUUGGAAAUCAAAAUCAGGCAAACUGGUAUCUACAUUGCGCUAUCAUUGUAAACCAAUCAACCAAUUGGCUGUCAAUUACUCUUCCAACCAAAAUGUGUUAGCCACCUGUUCAAACGAUGGUACAGCCACUGUUUGGUCUAUAGGACAAAAUGAUCCUCAUGUGGAUUGUAUUGAAUUUGGACAUCAUGCAUCUGAUAAUCUCUUGUUUCUUGGUAUUAAUAAUAAGGACAUGGAUCAUCCUGGUUAUGUAGAAGCUUAUGAUACAGCAACAGGUGCACCUCGUAUGCGAUUUGAUUCCAUGAAGGGAUGCGUGUCUACAUUGGCUGUCUCUAGUUCAGGAACAUGUGUUGUGUCUGGCAAUUACAAUCGAUUUGAUAACAUGUCUGGGGAUGGAUUUAUUCAUUUGCAUGAUAUUCGCCAACAAGAGACAGUGAGCAAAUUCUUUUCUGGUCAUCCUGAUGUGAAUGUGGUGGCUAUAAGUGCUUGUGAACGUUAUAUAGCAUCUGGCAAUGCAGACAAAGAAAAAAGUGAAGUAGUUGUGUUUGAUGUGCGUCAUUCUAAAAGAGCCAUGCACAUCUUAAGUCAUGAUCAAUCGUUAGUGGAUCAAUCCUUGAUUGCUCCUGAUUCUAGUAUUGGCAUUGGAGGCUUGUAUUGGAUGGCAGAUAGUCGAACUAUUAUUACAGGUGGUGGAGAUUCUUUAGUCAAAGUUUGGAGUAUAGAGGGCCAAACACGACUAUUAAGAAGCUAUCAGACAUCCAAUUGCGUCACGAGUUUAACUGUGAAUGAAGAUACAAUGACUAUUGCUGCUGGUGUCGCGGGCGCACAAGGUGUUGUACAUGUCUGGCAACCUUAACCCGGCUUUUUAUACCCUCUCUCUCUUUCUUUCUUUCUUCAUGUAAAGGCUAAAUAUUAUAUAAAAAAAGGAUGCAGAUGCCCUGUCCUAACUCCUAAUAAAAGAGAAAGAUAACUAAGGCUUUCAGGUACGUUCAUGGAAGCGGUUAGGACAAUAGAUAGCAAGUUGUUUUUUUGGUUGUUAAAACAACACUGCUGCGAACAAAUAGAAUCAAUAUACGAAUUACAAAUAAACAUCAUACUUUAUUAUCAAAC